UAACGGUAACGGACCAAGACGGGCAGGACCGUACCAUUUCUUUCUCUCUCUCUCUCUCUCUCUCCCCCGAACUGUGAAGCUCUGCAAAUCGGAAAUCCAAAAUUAACAAAAUUAAAAUAAAAAACCCCCCCAGAAAAAUAAAAAAAAGAGGUUGCAACUGAACCCUAAGAAUAUGGGCGAAGGACAGGAUUGAAUUUUUGGGAGUCGUCUGAGAUGAAUCUCUCUCUGACAUCAUCCACUUCGUCAUCAGCUUCUUCAUCAUCGUCUUCUUCGUCGACAGGUUCGUGGCUAUCCGGCAUUGUUCUGGGCCGGUCCGACAGGUCCGCCAGUGCCAAGAUGACUAGCAAGUCCGUUUCCGUUGGCGGUGCCGGUGGUGACUUUUCUGGCCCGGUUGUACGGAAGAAUCAGUUCCGAGGAUCGCUGUUCAAAUAUGGGCCCAAGCCCAUUCAGGUUGCGUUUAAAACAGGUGAUUAUAAACAGCAAGUAAUUUUUAUUGGUGGAUUGACUGAUGGUUUUCUGGCAACAGAAUACUUGGAGCCUCUUGCAAUUGCCCUGGAUCAAGCGAAAUGGUCACUUGUUCAACUACUCAUGUCCUCUUCGUAUACUGGAUUUGGAACCUCCAGCUUGCGACAGGAUGCAAUGGAAAUCGAUCAGUUGAUCAGUCAUUUUAUUAACAAAGAAGAUUCAGAGGGUGUAGUACUACUUGGUCAUAGUACAGGCUGUCAGGAUAUUGUGCAUUAUAUGCGCACAAAUGCUGCUUGCUCCAGAGCAGUCCGUGCUGCCAUUUUGCAGGCCCCAGUCAGUGAUCGUGAAUAUAGAGCAACUCUACCUGAAACACCUGCCAUGAUUGACUUGGCUUCUUCUAUGAUAAGUGAGGGUCGUGGGUCCGAAUUAAUGCCCAGGGAAGCAGAUCCAACUGCUCCAAUAACUGCCUAUAGGUAUCACUCACUCUGUGCAUACAUGGGGGAUGAUGACAUGUUCAGUUCUGACCUCAGUGAUGACCAAUUGAAAAUGAGACUUGGGCACAUGUCUAACACACCUUGCCAGGUUAUUUUUUCCAUGGGUGAUGAGUAUGUGCCAGAUUAUGUUGACAAAAAGGCAUUGGUUGAAAGACUAUGCAGAGCAAUGGGUGGAGCAGAGAAAGUUGAAAUCGAACACGGAAAUCAUUCUCUCUCUAACAGAGUCGAUGAAGCUGUCAAUGCCAUUAUUGAUUUCGUCAAAAGAGAGGGACCCAAAGGUUGGGAUGAUCCGUGGAGUUAGCAUCAUGCCUUAAUGUACCCUCUUUUUUUUUUUUUAGUUUUCCCCAUUGUCUCUUCCUUUUUUGUGUUAUUCUUAUUCUUUUUCUUUUUACUUUCUUUAGAAAUUUCUUGCUCUAUACAUUAGCAGUAGAGUAAAGUUCAAUCUUAUAUUAAUGCCAUUCGUGAGCUUGUAUCAAGAGAGAGAACUUAGCUUUCCUUUACAACUUAUUAUAGGAAAAGUUUUGCUUGUUUCCCAUGAAUUUGUGGCUUUCACAGGUAUGGAGUCUCUUUGUUGAUUGGUUUGUUGUCUGUACUACAUACUUGUGAAAUGGACUUCUAACUGUAAAUUAUUCCUAGUCAUGUAUGAACAUUUAUUAUUUUUAACAAAA